UCGGCACAAGGGCAGGACCGCAUCCCGGAGCUGCCUGAAGCAGCUAGCUGUUUAUUCAGACUUUAAUCAUUCACUAUUUGGUUAAUACACCAAAAAAGAGGAUCUCGCAGCGUUGUUACAUGAGGUCAUUCUACUGCCUCAACUGGGAACCUGAGUCUGAAUCGGGAGGCAAGACGUCUGAAAGAGGCUGCCGACACCACCGGAGAAAGUGACGGACGGACGGAGCAUAAUCACUGGGAUUUUACAUCGCAUCGCCCAUCAAUUUAGGAUAUUUCUGGCAGCUGCUUUUGCCCAGCCUUGAUUUUCUUUUCAGGGUACGUCGACACAUAUUGCCUAGAUAACACACUAACAACUGCAUGAUAAAUUUCACACAAUAAGGUCGUCUACACUGAACAGGCGGAACACUUUAAACCCAUGCGUAACAGCGGUGGAUUUUGGAAUACUGCGUAGCAGUUCAACCAUCCAGUCUUUCGAUUGACAAUUGCAUUUUUAGAACAGCGCUAUUUGGAGAUAUCUACAAGCGAAAAGAAGAAACAACCAGGACCUCAUAGGCUACUUUGUUCCGGAGGCUAAACGUAGAAAAACCCGAAGCGCGCUUGGUGCGCAAUUCAUCCGAGGACGCUCCUAAAAUUUGCCGACCGGCGCUUUUGCCUUCAACAAAAAUUGGCAACCGAAUCGAGAAAAGAGCAAAGCUUAUUAACUUUGCAUGCUAGAGGCUAUAUUGUGGAAUCUAAUUCACUGGGUUCACGGUAUAUUUGCAUACCAUCGAAAGAGGAGGACAAACUUAAUCAACAUUUGACAUCGACAAAGCCGUUGCUGGAUUUGGAGAGCGGAAUGAAACCUUUUUAAUUUGGACCACAGAAGUACGAGGCAGAUUGCUCAGUGAUUGCUACAAUCUGCAUGGAGUUCUAGUCUGCACUACGAAGCAAUUUAUGGUUGGCCGCAGCGCACCCCCAGCUGUAGUACUGUGCCCACCUCGCCAUGCUGGCCUGUCUGCAGAGGAGGCAAAACCCUCCACCCCAGCACCCGGUGUGUGCCAGCAAGACCCUGGAGCCGCCACAAGCUCUUGGACGAAAAUGUGAGCUGGUGGUGCCCAUGCAUUCCCCCCGCUACCCCACUGUGGCAGAGCUUGAUGCCUAUGCUCAGAAGACAGCCAACAACCCUUUGUCCAUCAAGAUUUUCCCCACUAACAUCAGGGUUCCCCAGCACAAGCACCUUAACCGGACUGUGAAUGGAUAUGACACCACAGGCCAGCGCUAUAGCCCCUACCCACACCUCCACACUGGGGGCUACCAGGGCCUGCUAGCCAUUGUCAAGGCCUCGUCUUCUUCUUCAUCAUCAUCAUCAUCCUCCACCUUUGUCCCCUCAAAAGGUGUGCUUAAGAAUUCCGAAGGCAGACGGACUAAGCUCUCCCCAGCCCACAUAGCUGUAGCCCCAUAUCCACCUCCUAGUAGUAGCACUUUAGCCAAUGGCCACGGCCAAAUGGUAUACCACACCGGGCCCUCAAAGCCUCCUGAAGGCCCUGGACUGUCGGUGCCCCCUAAUGUCACUGUAGCUGGCUCAGUGAUUCCUGUCACGGGGGGCAGAGGCCUUGCCCUGCCCGCACAGUCCAACCUCCCCUCCAUCCAGAGCAUCAUUUACCAGAUCAACCAGCAUUGCCAGGCCCAAGCUCUACAGCAGGUUUGCCAAGGCGCUGCUGCCGCACCAUCGAAUCCCAGCCCCUCCAAGCAGGGCACAACUGUCAUGGGGGUCUCGUCUAGCUCCUCAGGAGGAGGCUACGUGGUCGGAAUGGGUCCCCAGGCUAACGUGGUUUAUACAGGGGCAGGGCUGCCGGCUCAGACCGCUGAAGCAGUGAAGACUGGAGUAUACCCAGACAGUAUGGACUACAUCCUUUGGCAGAAACAACAACAACAACAACAGCAGCAGCAGCAACAGCAACAACAACAGGCUGUGCUCCGCAUGUAUAGCGGAGGCAGCGGAGGAGGGGGAGCUAUCAGCAAGUCCCCUGAAACCUGUGUUCCAGGGGGAGGGAUUAUGGCUGCCCAAGUCUCCUCCUCUUCCUCGAGACCUUACCACCUGACAGCGAGUGCCAGUGGAGGAGGUGGCCUGGACAAAGUUAGCUCUUCCCCUUUGAACUGUGUGGGUAUGCAUGGAAAUUUCUCAGUGGGUCAGUACUUUGCCCCACCUUGGAACAGUGUCCUGGUGACCCCUGACAGUGACUGCUACAACCCCCAGGAGCUUCUGGGGACCUCCACAGGAGGGCCGGCCACAGGGCACAGAGAGAUGGGAUAUCCCCACCACCAUCACCAUUACCACCAUCACCACCAUCAUCAUCACCACCACCCGGCUAUAGACAGCGGGGGAGGCCUGUGCUGCAGCCUGCCCAGCAAGAGCCUGUGCAACACCUCUGUGCUGAGCAGCAGCUUGCAGUCUCUGGAGUACCUGAUCAACGACAUCCACCCUCCCUGCAUCAAGGAGCAGAUGCUGGGCAAAGGCUAUGAGACUGUGUCUGUGCCACGUCUGUUAGACCACCAGCAUGCACACAUUCGCCUCCCCGUUUACAGAUAGAGGGGAAAGAAGAGCAGGAAAAGAAUAAAUAAAUGUGGAAUUGUGAACAAAAUCAAAGUUAAAGAACAGAGGUGUUUCUUGGGUACAGAUUUGUUGAGAUUGGCACUGCUUUAACUAGUGUGAGAGCUGUGAGGGGAGCACUGUUCAUGCUGUGUGAACCUAGGUUCGGAGGUUUCGAGGCAGGCUGUGGGAAUCCCAGAGCUGAAAGGUGGGAGUGAUAACCAGUGGGAGAGAAAAGGGAUUUCAAGAUUCUCCAGAUGUUCCAUUGUGUGGUUUGCCAAUAGGAAUUUUGGAUUGAUUUUAUUUUUCUUCUGUUUUUGUUGUUUUACUUGCCUGAACUUUUUUGAUGAGAAUCAUAGCUUGACAUGAAGUGCAUACGCCACCUGUAUUCCCCUUCCAAAUACUAAAGAUGAAGCUACUGUGUAGGUUGUCACUGAAAAGGUCUCUAAGGGCCAAAGUUUAGGGCUGCUCUCAAAAUCCAAACCUCUGUAACAGUACACAACAAACAGAAAUACACAGAUGGAAUAAAAAUAUACACCUACAUACAGACACAUAUACAUAAACACACACACACACACACACACACACACACACACACACACACACACA